UGUCACAACGACGCACAAAAUUCGUACAAAAGUACCUUGACCGACAUGGCGUGCGCACGGUGUUUACUUUUUGCCACUUUUUUAGUGUCAGCUUUGGCUUUGACUCCACAACAAAACGCAACUCUUGAACAAUAUAGCAAACCCUGUAGAGAUGAAACUGGUGUGACUGCUCAAGACAUCGAUACAGGUUUGAAUGGUGAAGAUAGAAUAGACGAUUCGAAAUUGAAAGCUCACGUUCUUUGCGUUUUGAAAAAAAUUGAACUGAUUAAUGAGGAUGGCGAUGUUGAUAUGGAAAAGUUAAAAAAGUUGGCCAAACUGGUGGCUGCUAGUGAGGAAGAGGCGGAAAGUGUUGUUGCUAAGUGUGCUUUACAGAAAGAUACUCAUGAAGAAACAGCUUUUCGUACUAUAAGUUGUUUGUAUGAGAAAUGGCCACAGUUUUCUCCUGUAGAAUGAAAGAACCACAAUAAGUGUUCCUAAAGCUUACUGUCGUAUUUUUUUUUUUUAGAAAAUUAAACUUUGGAUACAAAAAUCAGCUUCAUUUCAAUUAAUUUUUGUGAAAAACGAUGCCAUCUUCAAAAAGUAAACUUGGAACUGACCACAGUAGUUGAUAAGUUGCAUCAUUAAUCAAGUAUGAUUUGACAGUUAUUUUUAUAUUUAUCUCAAAAUAACCAUCAUUAAAUAUUCCAUCAUAACCUUAUCUUCAGAUCUUGUAUUUGUAGUGUCUUUAUUUAUCAAUGUUGACUUUCGUGUUUAUCUUGUUCCCUUCGAUUCCACUGUGUUGUUUACGCGAUGAACGACUAAUUACAUGUUUUCUCGACAUUUCAUGUCUCCCAGCGUAUGACAAAGUUAGUCUCUCGUUUCCGUCUGUCUGUAUUUUAGGAAAAUUAAAGGUUUGGUAUUUGUAGUUUACUAAUCUGCCUUAAUUUUUACUUUAGACUUUUAGCUUUUCGGAAAAAAAUGAAAUUUUUAAACAACAUUUUACAGUUUCAGUGUUUUUCGUCACGAGUGGAGUAGAAUUGCGAGUGUCUGCGUGAUCCACUUGACAUAGAAGGAAUUUUGUCACUCGGCGCAAUUACAGUAGUGACUAUAAGUGCAAUCCGUAAGAGCUCUUAACCCUCUUAAUCCACUCGCCUCGGGUGAAGUGGAAUUGCGGCUGUCUGUGUAAUCCGCUCGUCGUAGAACCCUAAAAACGGUACCUAGCAGCGGAGCGCUCCAAUAAUAAUAGUAUUUACGCUACAGGGAUUUAUAUUUUAUUAAACAAGUUCGAAAAACCUUUGUUUUUAGAGUCUCUGGUUUUUUAAUCUAAAAAAUCUUGGAGUGCCCUUGCCACCCAUCCUCGCUUUACUUAGAGGGUAUGCCAUUUGCCAAAAUCAGUCUUAUCCUAGCAAGUACUAGUGAGGAAGAGGCGGAAAGUGUUGUUGCUAAGUGUGCUUUACAGAAAGAUACUCAUGAAGAUACAGCUUUUCGUACUAUAAGUUAUUUGUAUGAGAAAUGGC